UCCUCUGUUUACAUACGCAGGUAGAAAUCUUCUCCCAUAGGAUAUUAUAAUUCAUAUUCCUCGGACGUCCAUUCUUUAAGAUGUAUAUUUUCCAUUUUUUUAUAUUCAAAUAUCGAAGUUAAAAAGUGACGACUGACAAAUCCAAGCCCACAUACAGAAUUCACAAGUAGCUGGCUCUAGCGGCCUGUCGUGUCGUCUCAUCCCGUCUGGCAGCUGCUGCCGCUCCGACACACGCAGCAUAGAGGCACAGUAAAAUACACCGGCAGUGUAGCAGACUGAUCGCCGCUAAACAGUAGUAAGGUUAUUUCGUUCGAUCGCGGGCACGCGCGGCUACAUAGCAAGCCUGCGUGUAUACAUGUGUGCAGCGGGCAGUCAAAGUGUGCGGCUUUAAAAGAGCGAAGGGCGCGGGUGGAUGCGACGACGAGAGCUGGUCUAUAUAGGGCACAGCAAGAUAUCGUAUACAUCGUGUGUUCUGCACCAUCCAUCCAUCCAUCCAUCCGACCAUCGUUCGAGUGCGAUACACACUGCGCACAGCAUAGCUCGGUCAGUGCGUGCGCUGUGUUUAUAUUCUUUAUAACUUCCUGUUGUAUACGUAGUACUGCUUAUACAGGAGAGAUCUCGAGAUAAUAAUAGCCUGCUCGAAACAUAUCGUAAAAUAUAUAGGAUAAAACAUGAGUACGUUCGAGCGUGGCAAUUGCACGUCGAGCGUGCUGGCGUGUCUCCUGCUGUCUGUUAUCUACGUCGCUAGCCUCUACGUCUGGAGGCUCAAUCAUCUCAACAGGGACCAUCCAAGUGUGAUUAAACGGCGUUUCUUCAGCGUCUUUAUAAUUGGCUUGCUCUCUCCGAUAACGUUAUAUCUUGGAAUAAAUGAGCAAUUCUAUCCAGAAGCAUCAUAUUGGCAAUUAUUAGGAUUAAGAUGGUCCGGUUUGCUGCAAGCCAUUGUCAUACCGACGUGCCUUACGAUGAUUCUAUUUCUCGGACCACUUUACAUGCAAGGUGUUAACGGUCUAUGGCAAAUGUACAUGGAACCAGCCUACUGGCUCAGCAAUAUGAAAACUCUGAUUUGGUGGAGAAAUCACGUAGUAGCACCUUUGUCCGAGGAAUGGACUUUUCGAGCUUGCAUGCUGCCCUUACUCUUGCAAUGUUUCCAACCAAAGACGGCCAUUUUCAUCUGCCCGCUGUUCUUCGGAGUGGCGCACUUCCAUCACUUCGUCGAGAACAUGAGGAGGGGAAUGGAUUUGAAAAUUGCCGUGUUUAGCUCGUGCUUCCAAUUCAUGUACACGACGGUUUUCGGAGCUUACGCGUCGUAUCUGUUCGCGCGAACCGGCCACUUUGCCGCUCCAUUCGCUGCCCACGCCUUCUGCAAUCACAUGGGCUUUCCCGACGUCUCGGAGAUUUUCGUCUACGAGGAUUCCAUGAAGAGAGCGAAGAUCAUGUCGGUCUUCGUGCUCGGUCUUGUGGCUUGGUGUUUUCUACUUGGACCAAUGACGAAUCCAAGCUGGUUCAACAAUGCAAUACUGUGGAAAAGUGAAAUCAGCGCUGUUGCAUGAGAGACUUUCCGGGCUGCGCUCGAGUCGCAAUCUCUAAUGAUCAACGCCUUUUUUUUGAUUGACGAAUGUAUAAAGAACAGUAGCGUUUCGCAAGAAUAACUAGAGCAAUUUAUAAACCACUAGUGCCUGAAAUGUCUAAAGCAAACUGUUACUUAUCGAGAGGCUUUUUGUUGCCUGUUUUCUUGUACAGUUCUGUGGGCAUACAAUAACGAAAUGUGAGUAUUAUAUUAUAAGUAACGUUUGACAUUUUUAAAAAAUUGACGCGUUGUUUUCUUUUUUGUACUUUUGUACGGUUGCGUAUAUUUUAUGCGUGGAUUUUGUGUCAUGUCCUCAGCAGUUCUAGUCCUUAGCAUAAGAUAAAAGCAUAUUGAAAGUAUUAACAUUUGUUAAUAAAGAUUUUUGAUAUUUUAUGAAUAAAAAUGAU